AUAAAAUCCCGCGGGGUUUUCCAUUUGUAAUUUGAAAAAUGGCGGACGAAGUAGAGCAGCAACAGACUUCCAACACUGUUGAGGAACCUCUUGAUCUCAUCAGGCUUAGUCUUGAUGAGCGCAUUUAUGUGAAAAUGCGCAAUGACAGAGAGCUCAGAGGAAGGCUACACGCUUAUGAUCAGCACUUGAAUAUGAUUUUGGGUGAUGUUGAAGAGACUGUGACCACAGUAGAAAUUGAUGAGGAGACGUAUGAAGAAAUUUAUAAAUCCACAAAGAGGAACAUCCCAAUGCUGUUUGUUCGAGGGGAUGGUGUAGUACUAGUAGCUCCUCCACUGAGAGUUGGCUAGAUGCACACAUCCUGGAAGAGAAUGGAUCCAGGUUGUUGAACUGUGCUUCCCAUUGGGAGUGGAAUUUUUUUUUU